UUAGUUUGUCACAGUCUGUUUGCGCAUAAUACGUAGCCAUCAGAAACGCCCAGAUUCAGGUUUGGUUUACCACAGAAAUUUCGAUCCUAGAAAUGGCAAGCGACUGGGAUUGCAUUCCGCACACUUACAAUGUGACCAAGAAUUACUUGCAGAGCUAUCUAACCUACGAACAUCCAUUGAAGAUACAAACAGUAACCGUAGUGGAAAGCAAGGGAACGAAACAAACUUCAAAGGAUAAUCGCAGUAGUUUCAGUAGCAAUGCAAGCUCGAGAGCUUCUUCCAGCAUUUCACUGAUCACUGAGCCACUCGGGUCGACCCUAGACGGAACAGAUCCUUUGUCUCAGUUCGCACGACAAGAGCAAGAACUCAAAGAUCCCCUAGCACAGAUGUCUACAGAAUUCCACACCUUUCAAAAGAAGUUAAAGAGACGGGAUAAAAAUGUCAUAGACGACGAUGAUUUAAGUUGGGCCACUAAACGGCUUGGCAUAUUAAAUCGUUUCACAACAUCGGAGAAGCUCUCAAUAACAACCAGUUUCCUUUCCACAGGAAGUCCAGGAGCGGAAGGAAUCAGAUCUCAAACUGUGGUGGCAGAUAAGGUUAAAUUCCGCCUUGAACAACUAGAUGACUUUGAUGAUGGUUCCAUGCGCCACAUGAUUGACCUAACACAACAGGAAUACAUACAGCGUAUUGAACAGCUGAACCAGGAGUUGGUGCAAUCUUGGAAUGAUGAUCAACGUGUUAAAGCAUUAAAAAUUGUCAUACAGUGCUCAAAAAUGCUACUAGACACUUCAGUUCUUAGCUUUUAUCCCAGCCAAUUUGUACUUAUCACUGAUAUACUUGACAUGUUUGGUAAAUUGGUAUAUGAACGGCUGAAUAUAAAGGCAUACAACGUUGGCGAUGGAUGCUCUGGCAAGUUGGGGAGAACUGAAUCAUUGCACGAAAGUGCACGAGAAACUUGUCAGAACUGGUUUUUUAAAAUUGCAUCUAUACGAGAACUCCUGCCCCGUUUAUUUGUAGAAAUGGCUAUAAUCAAAUGCUACGAAUUUAUAACUCCAAACGAAUUUGAUAAAUAUCUCCUCCGUAUCACGAAAAUGAUCCGCGGGAUUGGCGAUCCUUUAGUGCAAACGUAUGCGCGCUGCUAUUUGGUUCGCGUCAGUUUGAGCGUAUCAACGAAUAAAGAAUGCAUACGAGAAAAUUUUAAGGAUUUUUUAAAAAUCUAUCAUACGGUAAUUUUUAGCGGCGCUAUUCGUUCGGAGCUAAAUCGUCAGCAUGUUAGCAUUGAGACUUACUUGGCUCUGUAUGGUCCGGCAUUGGAUUUUAUAUUAUCAGCGCUUGUUCACAAAUGCAAUCUCUACACCGAGGAAAUAUUGAAUGAGUGCAAAGGAAUAAAAAAUAAUGCGCCGUUUUUGGUAUCGAUAUUGAAUUCUUUCAAGCCUGAAUUCAUCGCGGCUAAUGCUUUAGAAUUCGUCAAAUUACUUGGUGAUUCCAACACUGAAGGCAUUUCAAAAGGGCAGUUGUUUCGGGCACUUGGAACUAAUGUGAGUGGCUGCCCACCACUGCCAGAGCAGCGAUUACCGUUUUUAAACGCUGCUUUUAACACCAUUGACACUUUUACUGAUCCAGCAGAAUAUAUGAAUUGUGUGGAAGCUUGGGCUCAAUUCAUUACAGAAAAUUUUCCAGUAUCUGUAAUAAACGAUUUGCUAGGAACAAUUACAUUAAGGAUUAACGCCAGCAGAGCAUAUGAGAAAUAUUAUACACAGCUACAAAAUGUUUUAGACAAAACACUCCAAUACUUUAAAAAUACGGAGUCACUUCUCAUCCAAGAAAAUUUUUUACCAUACGUUGAUCUUUUCCAAAAGGAUACAGUGAAGAUAAUUGUUUGCAAAAACAUACUCACCAUGUUUAAUCUGAAGAGCGAGGAGAAGAUUUCUGAUGAAAUUGUAAUAAAUGCACUGAUGUACAUUGGAAAAAUUCUUAAUGACUCUGUGACCUCUUUAACCGUGGAAGAUGAACGCCGUCAGAUUUCUCAGUUAAUUAGUAGUUUUAUACGCAAGGUGGCUUUUCCUCGAGACUUUGAACGUCACCUAAGCUUUUAUGUGGAAUCACGCGAUGCUUUCACUAAUUUGGAUACUGUAUAUAUAACAUUGGUUAAUGCAGUCAAUAAGUUAGCCAUUGAGACAUAUCACUUAGUUAACGGGAAGCACACACGUAAAACGGGGGCCUUUGCUAAGGCAUGCGCCGCUUUUUGCUUCAUCACUAUUCCUAGCAUUGCAGCGAUUCAAACUCAAAUGGAUUUAUACUUGCUGAGCGGUCAGGUGGCAUUAUUAAACCACUGUUUGGGGCAGGCUGAUGCGUGCUUUGAAGCCUCACUUCAAUUAGUCAACGAUUUGCCGCGAUCAGUAGAGGUUGAAGGUAAAACGCGCAGCCUAGAAACGUAUCUGGUUUCAUACCUCUGCAACAUGUUGGCUACAUUGGUAGUAGUGCCGGAUAGUCCUGAGGAAGGCGUGUUGUAUUUGUUGCGUCUAUUACUAGAUGUCGUAAAGAAAUUCCCCUUCGAUAGUCAUAGCUCUGGACCCAUUACUGUGUAUUUGCAUGUUUUGGACAUGCUGUAUGUACAAAGUUUAGAGGAAUUUCCUUACCAUAUACCCGGCGUUGUUUCCAACGAUGAACUGUAUGGCCAUGAUCCGAAAUUCGUUGCUGAAGUCAAUAAUAUGUGCGUCCAAGUCGUGGAUCAAAUUUUGGUUCAGUUAAAGGUACUUGGUACAGAAAAACAACAACGUGCGCAGGCCACUCUAGCAUUGGAGCUAUUCUUACGCAUUAUACGAUAUGCAGAUUUAAGCCGUGACAAAAUAUUCCAAUUAGCUUUGAACCUUUGGCUGCUUGCUGUCAAGGCGGAGGAUCAUAUUGAUGCUAAAUUAAUUCCAUGCACGUUGAAGAGCCUUGAAUACACUUACAAGCAAGUAAUGAACACCAAUACACAACAUGCCCAGUCGCUGGCACAAUUGAUGUUACACAUUCGAAACAAGUAAUCUAAGA